CAUCCAGCAGCCGGAAGUAGGUGGGAUCUUACUUCAGUGAACUUCGAGAGCAAGAACAGAACAAGGGGAGUGGAGAGGAUCGCCACCGACUUCCAGCAAAUCUCUCCGAGGUGAUCGUGGGCAGCUUCAGCGCAGCCCUGUUCUUAAUCCAUCAUGUUCUUCACCCUGCUGAAAGUGACUGUGCUGCUGCUCGUUGUGGACGGCACAUCAAUUGCCCAGGCACCAGCAGAUCACAUGCUCAUGGAUUUGCCGUAUGGCCAUGAAAUAUGCACACUUAAAGCUGAUGGUGGGCGCUGCAAAGCUUUAAACAGAAGAUUUUUCUACAACUUAUUCACUCGAAAAUGUGAAGAAUUUAUUUAUGGGGGAUGUGGUGGAAAUGAAAACAACUUUGAAACCAAGAAAGAAUGUCUGGCAAAGUGUAAAGUAAAGGAUCGAAGAAACCCUUGCCGUAUGGUUGCUGAUAGUGGACCUUGUCGAGGCCUUUUUUAUCGGUAUUUCUAUAACAAGCUCACAAAACAGUGUGAGGAGUUUAUUUAUGGGGGAUGCCUUGGAAACUUGAACAACUUUAGAACUGCGAAGGACUGUCAAAAUGUGUGCCACAAAACAAAAGCUUUACAUUCAGAUCUCCCAACCCUCUGUAAGGCCCCUGCCAACCAGGGUGACUGUAAUGAAACCAUAACCAAAUACUUUUACAACAAUUCCACUGGCAACUGUGAGACCUUUACCUACAGUGGAUGUGGAGGAAAUAAGAACAAUUUUAACACCAAGCAUCUAUGUCGCCAGAGCUGCAGAAAAAGAACCAGAAGGCAAUAGCCCUGAAAAUUGCCUGAAAAUACAUGAAACAUUCAAACAAACUCUGAAAAGAAUCAGAUCGUCAGAGGAUGCCCUGCAAUCUCUUGGGAUUUAAAUUAUGCUUAACCUGAAGAUGGCACAUCUUUUAAAUACCUCUGUUUAGACUGUUUUCUUGUUUGCAAAAGCAAUGUUAGUGAACACAGUAGCAUGUUGCCAUGUCACCAGCUAUCAAUAUCUGCAAACUUGCAUUCACCAUAGGGGACAUAUGCUGUAGUCAGUGUCAGAAAGAUGCGGUAUCUGUUCGGCCUGAGACUGUCUUCAAGGUGACACAUGUGCCUUUAAGUGUUUGAUUGUGACAACUUGUUAGCAAGCUUGUACCAUGGACUGUGUAAAGCCAAUAUGGCACUCCUGACUGAAAGCUUUGAAAAAUAAUAAUCAACAAAUUUCAUAUUCACCUGAGAUAGAAGAUCAACUCCCCUGCUUUUAUAAAACAAAAAUCAGGAUUGUCUUCAUUACCAGUUAGUAGGUGAUAUAACAGUGCUUUUACAGUGAAGUUAAACUUUUCAUUGCAAAUUCCAUUAUCGCAUAGAUUAUCCAGCAAAUAAGCAAAAAAAAGAUCUGCCGAACACUUCUUAAUGAAUAUCGUAGCCUAAUACACAACUCUGAUGGUUGGGACUUAAUAAUUUCACUGUAUAGCGGUUACAUUCAUUUUAAGGUGCUGGAGAGCAUGGAAGCGCAAUGUCCCAAUCGGUAUUUAUAGUUAGUUGUAAAAGGAGUGCUUAUUCUUUUCUUAGUUCAGCACAUUGGUCCUUUACCUUUUUAAACAAUGGGAUAAAACACUGGAGGCCCGUUUGGUUCUGCUACUGUACACCGGAAACUAUUUUUAAUAUAACAAGAAUCCUUCCUUAAUAUGUUUGUAUAAAGGGUAAAUGGAUUAAAGUAACAUUAUAUCAAAAUAAGCUACAAUUAGGUCAGGAUUUUGAGGUUAUUGGCUUGCCUCAGUCUUAAUGCUUUUCAUUUAUGAUUGCCAGCUUUUGAAAAACACAAUUGCAACAUUAUUAAUGGUAGUGGUUCACAGGUUAAGUUUCUAUUGGAUUAAUAUGUUUGAUAUGAUAUGCAGUAAAUGAAUGCAUAGCAUUACAAUGGAUAACAAAUUUUGAAAGAAAAUACAGUUUGUAUUUCAGUCUGAAGUAAAUCAUUCCUCUUAAUAACCUUGUAUAUCUGGUUAGGAGUAUGUAUUAACUGUGGCAAAAAAUAUUGCAGUUCUUCCUUAAUUACAAUAUCAAUAUGGCAAUUAAGAAAAGAUGCUGUGCUUUUGUGACAUAAAGUAAUUCAUAAUCUA